CACCCAUCCGCACUUUUCGCGCGCCGCCCAACGUUGUAUUUUCUCACCCCCGAACAGCACAUCUACCCAACCCGCGCAAUUGCGCACCACCCAACCCACAAUGGCCACCCAAGCCGAACUCGACGACCCUCUCCACAACCUCCGCCUCUCCAUCUCCACCUCGACGCCCGCCAUACUCAGCACAAGCGACAAUCCGACCGACACCACGACCUCCCUCGCCAACGCCACACACAUCACCUUCACCUCCUCGCCGCAGCACAAGACGAAGACGUUCCCGCUCGACGCACCCACGCGCUUUGCGCCGGGCAACCAACCCAUCGACCUGCGAAGCGUAUACUUCGCCUGGACAAAGAAAGACGCGUCGCUGACGGACUACAUUGCGGAUGUGCAGGCCUUGAACGAGGAGUUGCCUUCUGGGGCGGGCGGGUCCGUCGCACAGCUCAGCUUCGCGCACCGGAUCGAGGUGUUGGCGUGGUUGAAUGGGGAGACGGAGACGAGCGAGAGUAUCAAGCCGCUCGAGGGGGCGGGGCUGAGCGUCGACGCGGAGAAGAGCGCUGCGAUUGCGAGCGGCAAGGCGGGGGGUGUGGCGGUGGAUAAGGGGGACAAGGGGAAGCUGGACGCGCGGUUGAUGGUGAUAUAUGAGGGGGAGAGGAAGAUGGGGGAUCAGAAUACGAUUCUGCGGGGGGCGAAACCCAUGGACUUCUCCCAAUACCGCGCCCUCGCGCAAUCCCUCUACAAACCCUCGCGCACAGCAGCCCAACACACGACGCUCCCCCUCCCGCACCCCUCGACCACGAACCCGCUCUUCCCGGCCUCCAACGCCUCCAAACCGCGCAAACGCCUCGAACCCAUCAUCCUCCUCUCGCCCUCGGCCUCGUCCCUCCUGCGCCUCUCAAACAUCAAAUCCUUCCUCGACGGCGGCGUCUUCGUCCCCGCCAACGCGCCCGAAACCUCGUCCACGGCCGGGCUGAACCUGCUGCACCUCUCGCGCACCUUACCGUCCAUCUCCUCGCAACCCAUCCGCUUCAUCCUCGUCGACAGCACGGCGAACUUCAAACCCGCCUACUGGGACCGCGUCGUCGCCAUCUUCACCACGGGCCAGCCCUGGCAGUUUAAGUCGUACAAGUAUACGAAUCCCGUCGAGUUGUUUGCGAAAUUUCCCGGCGUCUAUGUCGGGUGGCAGGGUGAUGAGGUUCCCGCGAGUGUGGCCGGGUGGGGGAGGGGCGUGCUGAGUGUCAAGGUGGAUAAGUGGACGGGGAGGAGCGAGGGGAGGUGGAGGGAUAGGGAGGUCGUGGAGACGAUUUGGGGAAGGAUUGAGGCGUUUAUGCGCGAGAAGGGGUGGAGUUUGGCCGGGCCGGGGACCGCGGGUGCGAGGUAAAUUGGUAGGUAGGUGGGUACGCUAGCUUUGUGCUUUUGGAAAGCGGGAGCGGGUGACCUGGGUUGUGGGAGAAGGCGGGUGUGGAAUGCCCAAAUGAGGCUAUGCGGAAUUGGUGGGGCUGUAUAGUAUUUUAUCACGACGUCUUUGGCUGCGUGGCACUCUAGAGGCGCUAAAGGCUCACCAAGGCUUGGUGUUUGGGCGUUUGGCCGGUCGGCAAGGGGAAUAUACCUGUAUCUCAAAGGAUUUCCACCAGAACGGAACUACAUAGGCGGAGGAUAGGGAUAUACCAAGAUCCAUCUUCUCGUUUCAGAUGUAUAGUAAACGCAGAGGCUACUAUUCAUGGCGCAAUGCCAUGUCAAGAGAGACUAG